AAAAAAAACCCUACUUUUUAUUAUUAGACAGAUAACAUGCCGGUUAAAAAGUACAGACGUAAUAAACCCGGGUAAGUUUGAACGGUAGUGGGUGGGAGUCAAUCGAGAAUCUAAGUAAGAGUCAGUACACAGUAUUUCACUCAGUCUGUCCGCGAGCGUCUGACAAGUUGAAUCAGGCAUCAGCUCUUUAAAUGUACCGUCGUUUGAUAAACAAUAAACUCGCUUAAUAAAUGAUAACAAUAAAUAAUAAAUAAAAAAAACAUACCAAAUGAAAUUAUCACUUAUUCUUUGUGAUUUUUAGUGCUUAGUGUUAAUAAAAUAAUAAAAUAAAUAAAUAAUUAAAACCGAAAAAUAAAAAUGCGGGAAAUGUGUUGUUUUCGCGGUUUCUUAUCAUUAAUAUUUGUAUUAGUGAGUUACAGUUUGCUUGAUGCAAUAAGGAGUACAAAUGGAUUCAACAUCGAAACCAAACAUUACACCAGUUACAGGGAAGAAUCAUCUUCGAUGUUUGGAUUCUCUGUCGCCGAAUAUCGUGACCACAGUAAACGCGGCUGGGUCAUCGUAGGAGCACCGGAAGCACAGACAACUCAGCCAAAUGUAUUCCGUGGUGGUGCUGUUUACCGAUGUGACAUCGCUGUUGACGACAGUUGUAUACCUGUUGAAUUUGAUCGGAAAGAAAACAACUACAUUAAAAACCCAAAUCCACCGUACAACUUGAUACAAAUCGACAAUAAGACACAGCAGUGGUUUGGAGCAACUGUUUCUACAUCUCUCGAGGACGGCGGCCCGAUAUUGGCUUGCGCACCCAGAUACGUAUUCUUCUCUGUGUCCCAGCUGAAAAAGGAUCUGGGAGAUAGUUCCAGACAAUCUAUUGUGGGAAAUAGACGCGAUCCAGUCGGCACGUGCUGGGUUACCAAUUUUACGACUUCCACUGAAUUUUCACCAUGUCGAACACGAAAUUUCGGAUACCACCGACAAGGAUACUGCCAAGCUGGUUUGGGCGCCUCAGUCUCUCGGGACGGCGAGCGGAUCUUUAUCGGCGCUCCUGGAAGCUGGUACUGGCAAGGUCAGCUGUACUCGGUGAUGAGAAGAAUGGAUAAUUUUCCCUUUGUCCCGCCAGGAAAUUCUUCAUUCGGUGUCUUUCCAGGACAAACUUUCACACAAAUGCUGAACAACCGGGGAAAAGUUAUGUCCACGAAAGAAGGCUCUCCGGAAGAAGACGACAGUUAUCUUGGGUACUCGGUUACUGCGGGUGAUUUUAUUGGCAACGGAGAUAGUGGAACUGCUGUCGGUAUGCCAAGAGGGUUUGGAUUACAUGGAAAAGUGAUCCUUUUAACAUCGAAUAUGACAAAUCUACAAAAUAUCACCGGAGAACAAAUGGGUGGCUACUUUGGAUACGCAUUAGCGAGCGGUGACAUAGAUGGUGACGGAUUGGAUGAUUUAAUCGUCGGGGCUCCGAUGUAUACGAUACCUGAAAACCCGGAGAUGAAUUACGAAACCGGGCGGAUUUAUAUAUUUUACGGAAAGGGUCCGGAUAAAUAUCGUCAAUAUGUUACCAAAGACGGCGAAAGUAACAGAGGAAGAUUCGGUCUAUCGUUAGCUUCUUUGGGAGAUUUAGACCGCGACGGAUACGGAGAUUUUGCGGUCGGUGCUCCGUAUGCAGGUCCAGAAGGUCGGGGCUCAGUUUACAUUUAUUACGGGUCACGAGACGGCGUCCAAGAAAGCUAUUCCCAGGUGAUCCAUGCCCAAGAUCUGAGCAACCGUGUGGAGACGUUCGGGUUUUCUCUAGCUGGCGGCCUUGACCUCGACGGGAACCUGUACCCUGACAUGGUGGUGGGCUCCUACGACUCUAGCACAGCGAUGUUCUUCCGCUCGCGGCCCGUGAUCAAGAUGGUGCCUCAAGACACCUUCGUCGAGUUCGGGUCCUCAUCUAAGCUGAUAUCGCUCAACGAUAAGAACUGCACAUUGUCCGACACGACACCUGUUACUUGCCUUCCUCUCAAGGCCUGCUUUAAGUACACCGGAGAAGGCGUUUUGUCCAGCUAUGACUUUAAUGUUCAGUAUGUUCUGGAUGUCAAGAAGAGCAAAAGUCCGAGACUUUUCUUCUUGGAGCACGAAGGCAAACAUACUUUGAAUCAUACCAUCACUGUUGAUCGUAAUCAGCAGUUUUGUCGCACUGUCAAGGUAUACGUAACGCCGAGCAUCCGAGAUAAAUUAACCUCCCUAGACGCGGAGAUGCGUAUGAGUUUAGCCGAGGAACGUUGGACAGACCCACGACCCCGCGAUCCUCGCAUACCACUGCGCCCGGUUCUAGCGACGACGUCAUCUCGUAAAGACACCGUGUCAAUACGCAAGAACUGUGGCGCUGACAAUAUCUGUACCCCGGAUCUCCAACUGACAGCGACACCUAACGUUAAUCGUUACCUUCUGGGGUCAGGUAACCGCUUGGAGAUAGAUGUGUUGGUGAAGAAUGCCAACGAAGAUGCCUUCGAAGCGACCUAUAACCUGAUGCUCCCACCAGGCGUUGAUUACAUCAAGAUCGAAAGGAUUGAUAAGGCUGAGAUUCCUGUCCAGUGUUCAGCGCCGAAACAGUCCAACAACAAUACCCUCAAGUGUGACAUUGGAAAUCCUUUACCAAAAGGUAACCUCGUUCAUUUCAAUGUCUUGCUCCAGCCAGUUGACGUUCACGAUGAAAAGUCUUCCUACGAAUUCCGGAUGAAUGUAAAUUCAACGAACGCUGAACCUGCUCUAACAACAGCCGAUAACUCCCAGCAUCUUUCCCUGGAAAUUUGGGUGGAAACUGAGCUGUUGAUUGAAGGCGAAAGCAAGCCCAAAGAUGUCUAUUACAAUCCGGAUAAUUACACUGUGAUCAACGCAACCACUGACGUUGAAUAUGGACCAGCUUUCAUUCACAAUUACACAAUUCGCAAUUUGGGUCCUUCAAGAAUUGAAGAAGCCGAAGUCUUUUUAAUUUGGCCCGCUGCUACACUAGCGAAAGAUGACUUGGUCUACUUGUUGGAACAACCAGAAACUACUGGCCCUCUGGUGUGUGCUACUGCGAACUCAAACCCGCUGAGUUUGAAGCUAGAACAAAGGCGACGACAGUAUGUUAAUUAUUAUUCAUCAGGAAUCGUUCAUGAGCAUUUAAUCGGCUCUGGCAAGCCUAUUAAUGUUCAUACUGGCUAUGAAACUGCUACCGAACGAAGUAAUCAUUGGAAGACUUCAAAAACUGAAUCCACUUUUUCAGGAGGUUCUGUCUCAUCUGGCACUGUGUUAACCUCAUCAAGAGGAUCUGAAUCUUCAUUCCAGGGAUCUAGACCCACUUCUGGGCUGAAAAAUGAAAAUCCUGUGAUAAUUCACACUGAAACUGGAAUCAGUAGUUUGGGAAUAAGCGACGCGAUUGGUUCAAUUCAGACAACAAAGGAACCAUUGCUUCCUAACCUACAUGAUGAUAAAGUUUGGGAAACUGGUAGAAAUUUUUAUGAUAAAAAUGAAUCCCAAGCUAUCUAUCAUAGUGGUAAUGGAGAUUCUGUUAUUACCGACGACAGUUAUGUGAACACUGGAGGCAGAACUAACGUCAAGGUGACACAAACUUGGUCAGAGUCCAGGGACGAAGGAAGAAGAAGGUAUGAUGACGAAGAACGGAGGUUUAAAGAAGAACGGAGGCGGGAAGAAGAUAGAUUGGUGGAGGAAGAAAGAAGGAGGCAAGAAACUACGCGGCUUCUGGAAGAAGAAAGAAAGAGACAAGAAACCACGCGACUUUUGGAAGAAGAAAAGAGAAGGCAGGAACAGAAAUUGGGCUCGCGUGAAUUUGUUUACGGGAGUGAGAAGAAAUAUGAAGAUGAUAAGGUAGGAAAGACGGGAUUUGGAUUGAGGUUGAGAAACAUAACCUCAACUCAGGAUCUCGAGAAGUUUUUGGGAACUUUGUCUGACUCGGUAGGUUAUGAAGUUUAUCAGCGACAGGGCAAGAGGUUCUUGCAGUUCUUGGGUAGGUAUCGGGUGUCUGAAGAUGGGAAAGAGUAUGUUGAGUUUAAGGACGGUUCGAUAUUCCCGUUGAAGAAUCGGUUUGGAGAGCAGAGUUAUGUUUCUAGGAACAGCAAUGUCGAUAAAAGGUUCAUGAGAAUAGAAGGUCAAAUCAUUAAGGCGGAAGAUGGCAGGGCCUACUGUCGAAUUGACGAUGACCGGAGGUUCCCUCUACAGAGUUCUUGGUACGAAGAGAGAACCUAUAAUUUGGGGACUGUCAGUACUCAUAAUGUUGACCAAGGGGACAAGGAUGAUGAGUUUGUUGAAGGAAGUGUCAAGACACAUGAAAAUAGUUGGCGGCAAACGACUAAUACGCAUUAUGGUAAAAAAAUUGAAACUUAUGAGACGAGAUUGGAGAGCCAGCUGGUAGAGAAUCAGCAGGAUAAUGAUCAGGAAGACGGUCAGGAAGAUGAUUAUGAAGAUGAGAAUUAUGAAGAUGAUUCGAGGUACACUAGGAGCGUUGAUUUUAACAUCAAUAAGAAGACGAGUAAGGUGAAGAGACAGUUUGAAGGUUAUGAAGAAAUUAACGAGGCUGAAGAAAUUAAAGAGGAGAAAAUUCUGCCGAUGUGUGAAGCUGCUAGAUGCGUGCGUUUGAGGUGUACCUUGGGAAGGUUGGAGAAGGAUGAGGAAGUUUCUAUCAGUGCCAGGUACAGAGUUAGAGGGACGACGUUAAAGAAGAUCGCAGCUAACGAAGCAGUGAAGGUUUCCACUCAGUUGGUGGCCAGGGUCACUAAGUUGCCCUUCAUUGGAAAACCUGCUGGGGAAGUUGUUAAGAGUCAUGAGGUUUACACGAAUGUUGAGCCUACUGCCAGAGCUCCGGAGCCAGAUGUCGUUCCUCUGUGGGUUGUAGUCCUGUCGGCUUGUGCUGGAACUAUUAUUUUGCUGUUACUUAUUUUCUUACUUCAUAAGUGUGGAUUCUUCAAGAGGAAUCGACCGAGUGACGUACCUGAAAGACAACCAUUAAAUCGUAAUGGACAUUUUCAACACGGUGAUGAUCAUCUCUAAUAUUAACUUCUAGGUUGAUAACUUAAAAAAGUUAUUUAUGAAGAUUAAAAAAUUGUACAUAAGUACUGCAAUGUGCCUUGACUUAAGAGUCAUUUAUCACAAAUAUUAAUAUAUAUUAUUAAUUAAUAGUAGUCAUCAUUCAUAUAAGCAAUAAUUACUUAUUACAAUUACUAUUAAAAUUGUUUUAAGACUAUCAUUUAAAAUCGUGCCUUUGCUAUGACCAAUUUUUAUUACAUGAUAAUUAUGGUUGAAUUAACUACCAAUCGUACUUCUGCGGUAGUUUUUUACAAGUUUCUAGUCAAGAAACAUUUCUCCACUUAAAAAAACAGUAAAUAUAUAAGUAGAUAUAUAUAUUUUGAUUUAUUAAUUUUUUAAACUUUAACUACUUGUUAACUGCAGAAGUUUACGUUUUUUAAAUUUUAUUUAAACAAUUGACAUUGAAUUUAAUAUUAAGAUCUCUUUUUUGUAAAUUUUUAACUGCCAGGUGCUGAUUAUUAUUUUUUUUUAUGUUAAGUUUAAUGUCAGUAUAUUUAAUAUUUAAUUCAUAGAUAUUAAUGGGAAAAUUUGGCUGCGUGUAUAAUUUUGUAAAUUAAUUCAUAGUAAUAAUAAUAAUAAUAAUUAUUAUUAUUAUUGUAUUUUAUAUAUAAUUUAAUCCAAUUAACUUGCAAUAAUUAUUAAUGAGUGAUUAUUUUUUAACACUUCGUACGGAGUAUAAAUAACUUAAUUUAUUCAUUAAUUGUUUAAUUAAUAAUUAGAACUGAUGUGUAAAUACAGACUAAGAUUUUAAUAUUAAAACAAAUAAUAAGUAA